CAUUGAAAUCCAACGCAGAGUAAAGUCUCUCUCUUCAACCCAGUUGUACACUUCUACUCUUCGUUUCGUGCUUUCCCUCGGAGAGAGCGAGAGAGAGAGAGAGAGAGCAGUGCGUCGGGGCCUCUUUGGAAUUAGGUGUAGGAUUUUCUAUUGGUAAAGAAAAUAAUUUGGGUAUUUGGAUGGUGGGAGAGUUAGGGCUUUAUUUGAGAGGGAUGGAAGCUGAGAUAUUAGAUUUGUGGUUGUAAUUGAGCUGCAACCGAGCAAAGCGAUGCAUACUAUUUCGCUUUCGAACUAACUGAUUAUGCUAUAGGUUUUCGAGUCUUGUGGUCUAAGCCUCGUGAGAAGCAUUUUGCGAGAGAGAGAACAAUGGAAGGCGGAAGGAAGAUAUCAGUGAGUCCUCGGCCUUGCAGUGGAAGGCGGGUACUGGCAAAGAAGCGAGCGCGCGGGGGCUGCGUGGAUGGGUUGGUCAACAGCGUUAAGAAGCUUCAGAGACGGGAAAUCAGUUCGAAGCGCGACCGUGCUUUCGGAAUGAGCGAUGCCCAGGAACGUUUCCGUAACAUACGUUUGCAGGAGGAAUAUGAUACCCAUGAUCCAAAAGGUCAUUGUUCCAUGGUACUGCCUUUCCUGAGAAAGAGGUCAAAGAUAAUUGAGAUUGUAGCGGCUCGUGACAUUGUGUUUGCUCUUGCACAAUCUGGUGUUUGUGCAGCAUUUAGCCGAGAGACUAAUCAGAGGAUAUGCUUUCUGAAUGUCAGUCCUGAUGAAGUUAUACGAAGCUUGUUUUAUAAUAAAAACAAUGACUCGCUCAUCACAGUUUCUGUGUAUGCUUCAGACAACUUUAGUUCUUUGAAAUGCAGAAGUACAAGGAUUGAAUACAUAAGGAGGGGUAAACAAGAUGCUGGGUUUGCACUUUUUGAGUCUGAGUCACUGAAAUGGCCUGGUUUUGUAGAGUUUGAUGAUGUCAAUGGGAAGGUACUCACUUAUUCUGCGCAGGAUAGUAUUUACAAAGUGUUUGACCUGAAAAACUAUACAAUGUUGUACUCCAUAUCGGAUAAACAUGUUCAAGAAAUUAAGAUCAGUCCAGGGAUCAUGUUGUUGAUUUUUACCAAAUCAAGUAGCCAUGUUCCCCUCAAGAUUCUUUCAAUUGAGGAUGGAACUGUUCUAAAAUCUUUCAACCAUCUCCUUCACCGGAAUAAAAAGGUGGAUUUCAUUGAACAGUUUAAUGAAAAGCUACUAGUCAAGCAAGAAAAUGAGAAUUUACAGAUUCUUGAUGUCCGCAAUUUUGAGCUGACUGAAGUUAGCAGAACUGAAUUUAUGACACCAUCAGCAUUUAUAUUUCUGUAUGAGAACCAGUUGUUCUUGACGUUUAGAAACCGAACUGUGGCUGUCUGGAACUUCCGUGGGGAGCUUGUGACUUCAUUUGAGGAUCACCUUCUGUGGCAUCCUGACUGCAACACUAAUAACAUAUAUAUCACGAGUGAUCAGGAUCUUAUUAUCUCUUACUGCAAAGCUGAUUCUGACGAUCCACUGUCUGAAGGAAAUGCUGGAUCAAUCAAUAUCAGUAAUAUUCUAACCGGGAAAUGUCUUGCUAAAGUUAGAGCAAGCAACAGCUUUCCCGUGGAAAAUGAAUGCAGUUGCAGUGAUCAUUAUUGUGGUACCAGUUGCGCUCUGAAGAAUCAGACUCAUGCCUCCAGAAUCAGGAGCACGGUUGCGGAAGCCUUGGAAGAUAUUACUGCUCUCUUUUACGAUGAAGAGCGGAAUGAGAUCUAUACUGGCAAUAGGAAUGGUUUAGUUCACGUAUGGUCCAACUGAUAAUCUCUUGACAUUGUUCAUAGUUUUCUCUUAGAUUUAUUUAAGCUCUUUUGGAUGGUUGAAUUGAUCGUUCUGCCACACUGAGAAUUGGAACUCUACCAUGUAAUGCUGUCAUACGCAAUUCAUUUUUUCUUUGUUUA